AUGUUCGUCAAUCCCCUACGAGUAUACGCCACGAAAGACAGGGUUAACGAGUAUAACAACUACCACCUCGACCGCCUAGGCCGGCCUGUCAUCCAGGUCAUGGCUAUGAGCGUUGGUGCCGGUGCUGCUGCUGCUCCUGACGACAAGCCAGUUGGCCUCUGCAACGGCGCACGUGACCCUUCCUGCGUGAUCAUGAUGGAGUUUGAUAAGUACAUAGGGCCGGUUUCCCCGACCACCGCCGAUGGCAGGAAGGUUGUGCCGAUUCUACUAGUGGAGAGGACUUUCUCUUGGGCCAACACUCUGCACUCGUACGCAGUUUGCCCUGAUCGUAUGCUACGCCAUUUAUGCUACGCCAUUACAGUUCACAAGUCGCAGAGCAUCACCGAAGACAUGAUCGUGACGGAUCUGUCCUGCCGUGACUUUUAG